AUCGAUAUACCACCCAACACGACAUCCGAACACCAGGAAAAGGCAACAGUGACCAUGAGUACGAUGAGCUAUUUGCACUCCAAUGCAACAACACCUAACCAGUAUUGCAGUAUCAAUGACAUCAUCAAGAGGAAUGCAAGAACCAGCUCUGACACAGAAGCAUUCAUCUACCGCCGUGCCGAUGGAUCUCGAGAGACCAUCACUUUCCUUGAUCUCUUUGAGAAGGCGAAAUGUGUGGCAAGGUAUCUUAUUGCUUCCGGUGUACAGAGGCUGGAUAAUGUUGGGUUGUUUGGUCCAAAUACCAUAUCUAGAAUAGUGGCGGAAUUUGGUAUCCUCCUGGCUGGAGCUGUCGUCUUGCAACUCAAUAGCGACGCGAAAAAUUCCAGCGACCUUGUUGAAUUUUUAGAAAAAACUGAUUGUCGAAUUGUCUUUGCCGAUCCUGGCGUCGAUGAUGUUUUACUUCCGAUCGUUCGAAAUCUGGAAAACAAACCUGGCAAUGGAAUUCAACAGAAGUAUAAAUAUAUCUUUUUAAGGAAAUCAACAUCAAAUAUCGUGCACACUCUCCUUGACGAUGUCCAAAUUGCAUCUAGUUCAUCCGCAGAAUUGCCGGAAGUAUACCCUGAAGAUGACGCCUUGAUAUUUACUACUUCCGGCAGUACUGGUAAACCCAAAAUGGUUGUUCAUAGCCACUUUAAUUUCACUGGUGGCUAUUUAUCUAACAAUGAUAAGGCGAAAACGAUGAAGCGAUACUACAAUGACCGCCCGUUUUGCUGGAUUGGUGGAUCAGUAGCUACGCCAACGGUGUUAGGAGGUACUGUAGUUUUCACAGACUCCAAAUUAGGAACAACGGGAAAAGCGAUAAAUGAAAUUUGGAAAAUCCUAGCAGAAGAAAAUAUUGACUGUGCUAUGCUGUUUCCUUAUCAUCUGUUCGACCUUAUUGACAAACAAAACAUUAUAGCAGACGACGGGUUUCGGUUAAAAGUUAUUACGACCAGCGGACAAAUUAUAAACAGUUGUUACACUCAGGUUAUAGACAGAUUCUGCAAAAUGCUGUUCGUCGGAUACGGGUCAACAGAAGUCCUCGCCAUAUCGAAUAAAUCUCUUCAUCGUGGAGAUUGCUUCGAAACCGGCAAUGUGGGAAAACCCUCAACCGGUGUUGAAGUGAGGAUUGUCAGCGAAAAUGGAAGAGUUGUACCGAUCGGCGAGGAAGGAGAAAUUCAGGUCAGAUGUUGCUCUUUGAUGAAACGUUAUUAUGGUGACGAAACUAUGACAAAUUCGGCAUUUACCACGGAUAGACCUAACUGGUUCAGGACAGGAGAUAUUGGUUCGAUUACCUCAUCUGGUGAUCUGGUCGUGCAUGGGAAAAUCAAGGAAAAUAUCUCUCGUGGAGGACGGAAGGUGCUGCCAGGAAUGGUGGAUGACGUCAUAAAGACUCUCGACGGUAUACGACAUGUAGCUACGGUGGCGGUUCCAGAUGUCCGGCUGUUUGAAGAAGUGUGUGUAUGCUAUGUAUCAAAAGAUGGAGUGGAUCUGACUUCAUCAGAUGUUCAACGUCACUGUGAAAAUAGUUUUUCUUCAGAAGAAUCUUCGGACGCAGUUGGGUCAAUGCCCAAGUAUUUCCUAAGGUUUGACGAGUUUCCGAUGCUUUUCAAUGGAAAGAUUGAUAAACAAGAGCUUAAACGACAGGCGGCAAAGCAAUUAAAUCUUUCUUGAGGUUAAUGUAAAAUGUUCAACAUGAAGAAGGUUUCAUGCUCUAUAGAAUAACUCCUAAAGAAAACAUUGAUGAUAGCAAUCACAAGAAAAACAUUAUCCGAUAUGUAUAUAUUUUAAAUUUACGUCGUCACAAUAAGAAUAUAACCAAGAAUAAAAACAGCUUCCUUAAGACUAUGUGAAGAAUUGUGACUUUUGAAGCAAUAUUUUAUGUAUACAGUUUCUAACCAUGGAAAAGGAGCCAGGAAGACGAUUUAAAGUCAUCAAUUUGUGUAUUGAGUAUAUAAUGAUUUAAGAGUGAUUCAACGAUAGAAACAGUAACGGAGAAACAUAACAUCACCGAUAACUCUAAACGACUAGCAUAGUGUAACAGAAUAUGGCUUACAAUCAUUCAUCUUUACACGCCUGUU